AUGGCCGAACCAAUCCCCGAAGCAAGAGAUCCCUUGGGAACCUAUCGCCGAAACAGAAAUCGGCAGGGCGCUCCAAAUGGCGAAGAAAUAUACCGGCCUGGGCUAGGACGGCCUUCCGACCUUGAUCUGGCAAAAGCCUCGAAUACUACCCGAAGCAAUGAAAACCGCCAGGAUUACAGUGCUGAGAAACCUGGAAACCCCGACGACUCGUCGCCGGGAGGACUACUGCCUGACACCCAAUUCAGAGGCUGUCCUGGGCGAACGACGGAGCAGGCACUGCUCGCUUUGGCCAAUGCCAUCAAUCUAACCACGCUCGUAGCUUUUGAUUUAGAAGGAGCCUUCAAUGGUGUGAACGGCAUGACUUUAAAUACCGCCUCAACGAAAGAGGUAUACCGACGCCAGCAAGAAGAUGGGUCGGAGUUUCGUGAAAGAGAGAUCCGCCAAUAUCACGUUCGACGGCUUCGAGACCGAACCCCCCUCCCCCUUCUGGAUCACACAGAGCGGGCCCAAGGAUCUCUAUUAUCUCCCGUACUAUUUAUUUCCUUCAGUCCGGACCUCAUCGACCAGUCCGUGGCCUUCAGAGAAGUCGAAGCAAGAGACAUCAAGAAAGUUCAGGAUGAGACCGAGCUCAUACAUCUGACAAGAAACAAACGCGAAAUUGGCCAGGGCCAUAUCAUCAGGAAUGGACAAAUCAUUCAGACAUCGUUGGAGGCCAAACCGUUGGGAGCGGUCUUCGAUCAAGAAAUAAGAUGGGAAUGGAGAUCCCUCCGGCUCACGCAAAUGAGACAAGUAUACCAAGCAUGCGUGGUCCCGAGACUAGAUCACGCGUGGACUGUAUGGCAAAAUCCUCUGAAAAAUAAUGAACACCUUAAAGCUCUGAGCACGGUGCAGAGAACCAGGACAGUGGCCACACCGACACUGGAAGUGGAUUGUUAUGCGGCACCUACAUGGCCCCGGCUCGAACAGCGCGCUCAGGACGUCAUCGCAAGUUUGAGCACCCUAUCGCCCAAGCUUCGGCUGUGUGGGGAACAAGUUGUCAAACCCGGCCUGACAUAUAACAGCCACUUUUGCACGGUUGCGCUCUGCUGUCCCUCCAGGGCAUCACUUUGGACAGGUUUAGCCGCGCACAAUACCAACGUGACAGAUGUCAAUCCACCAUUUGGCGGCUAUCCCAAAGUUAUAGCUCGGGGUUACAAUGACGAAAACCUAUUUGUGUGGAUGCAACGAGCUGGCUACAACACAUACUACACGGGGAAGCUGUACAAUGCUCAUAACAUCGACAACUAUGACGACCCGUACGCACGUGGCUUCAAUGGGUCUGAUUUUCUGUUAGACCCUUACACCUAUAAGUAUUUUGCCCCUGCGAUGGUCAGGAACGACGGUGAAGCCGCCAACUACACGGGACAAUAUAAUACCGAUCUGAUCGCGCAGAAGACGAGCGGUUUCUUGGCCGAAGCACUGUCUCAUGACAACCCAUUCUUCAUAGUAUCGGCGCCUAUUGCUCCCCAUGCAGACCUGUCAAUAGAUCCCGAAUCCAACCUGAGUUAUUUUGCACCCCCGGAGUCAGCGCCUCGGCACGAGCAUAUGUUUAAAGACUACAAGAUUCCUCGAGAUGAUCCGUCCUUCAACAAGGGUAUCGAAGGAGCCCCUUCAUGGGCUGGAAAAUUACAGCCCAUGGGUGAGACCGAGCUGGCGUACAAUGAUGAAUACCAGCGAAAGCGACUCAGGUCUCUCCAAGCUGUGGAUGAAAUGGUUGGUGGCUUGAUCCAGCAAUUGAGAGAAGCCGGCCAGUUGGACAAUACGUACGUCUUCUACACAACGGACAAUGGCUUUCACGUUAGUCAACAUGCCAUGAAUCCGGGGAAAUCAUGUGGGUAUGACACGGACAUCCACAUCCCAAUGUUUGUAAGAGGUCCCGGCCUUCAGGCGGGCGCGGUAAUCGACACCGUCACGACCCACACAGAUCUCGCCCCUACGAUCCUGGGCAUCGCCAACUUUGACAAGACGCCGUGGAAAAUGGAUGGCACUCCCAUUCCUUUCAAAGAUGAUAAGAAAUGUCCAACCAAGCACAAUGAGCAUGUUAACAUCGAGUAUUGGGGCUGGGCUAUUCCCGAAGGCAUUUAUGGAUUCCGCUUCAAAGACGGUUCUGACGCCAGCACGGCAACGGGGUUACUUGGCAACAAUACUUACAAAGGAAUUCGACUCGUCGGGGAGGAUUACAGCUUGUACUACUCGGUUUGGUGCACCAAUGAAAAUGAGUUCUACGACCUCAAGCUUGACCCUUAUCAAACCAAGAAUAUCAUUGCGGACGCUUCUGCGUCCGAGUACCAACUAGCGGGACGGCCCUUGCAAGCCGUUCUUGACCGCCUAGACGCUCUUAUGAUGGUCUUGAAGUCCUGCAAGGGUGCAGACCAGUGCACCAAGGGCUGGUCAUUCCUCCAUCCAGGCGGUCAAGUGCACUCUCUCAAGGAUGCGCUCAAGGAGAAGUACGACGAAUUCUACGCAUCUCGGCCGAAAGUGGCAUUCGACGAAUGUACGAUGGGAUACCUUCCCGAACUGGAAGGGCCCCAAGUCGUGAAUCAAUAUACUGAGGGUGGAAGGUUGAAACGUAAAUCGUUUGACUAUGGCGCGAGCUUUUACCUCUUCACAUGA